AUGGCCAGCCAUGUGGACCUGCUGACGGAGCUGCAGCUCCUGGAGAAGGUGCCCACGCUGGAGCGGCUGCGGGCCGCCCAGAAGCGCCGGGCCCAGCAGCUGAAGAAGUGGGCGCAGUACGAGCAGGACUUGCAGCACCGCAAGCGCAAGCACGAGCGGAAGCGCAGCACGGGCGGCCGCCGCAAGAAGGUGUCCUUCGAGGCCAGCGUGGCGCUGCUGGAGGCCUCGCUGAGGAACGACGCCGAGGAAGUACGCUACUUCCUGAAGAAUAAAGUCAGCCCUGAUCUGUGCAAUGAAGACGGACUCACAGCCUUGCACCAGUGCUGCAUCGACAACUUUGAGGAAAUCGUCAAGCUACUCCUUUCCCAUGGUGCCAACGUGAACGCCAAGGACAACGAGCUGUGGACGCCCCUGCACGCUGCGGCCACCUGCGGCCACAUCAACCUGGUGAAGAUCCUCGUUCAGUAUGGAGCCGACCUGCUUGCUGUCAACUCUGAUGGGAACAUGCCCUAUGACCUGUGCGAGGAUGAGCCCACCCUGGAUGUCAUUGAGACCUGCAUGGCGUACCAGGGCAUCACCCAGGAGAAGAUCAAUGAGAUGCGGGCAGCUCCUGAGCAGCAGAUGAUCACGGACAUCCACUGUAUGAUUGCAGCGGGCCAGGACCUCGACUGGGUAGAUGCCCAGGGCGCCACAUUGCUGCACAUCGCUGGAGCCAACGGAUACCUGCGGGCAGCUGAGCUCCUCCUGGACCACGGAGUGCGUGUGGAUGUGAAGGACUGGGAUGGCUGGGAGCCCCUGCACGCAGCUGCCUUCUGGGGACAGAUGCAGAUGGCAGAGCUGUUGGUGUCCCAUGGGGCUAGUCUCAGUGCUAGGACAUCCAUGGAUGAGAUGCCAAUAGACCUGUGCGAGGAGGAGGAGUUCAAGGUCCUGCUGCUGGAGCUCAAGCACAAGCAUGACGUGAUCAUGAAGUCACAGCUGCGGCACAAGUCGUCCCUGAGCCGGAGGACGUCCAGCGCGGGCAGCCGUGGGAAGGUGGUGCGUCGAGCCAGCCUGUCGGACAGGACCAACCUGUACAGGAAGGAGUAUGAGGGAGAGGCCAUACUGUGGCAGCAGCGGAGCGCGGCCGAGGAGCAGCGGACCUCGACUUACAAUGGGGACGUCAGGGAGACCAGGACGGACCAAGAGAACAAGGACCCUAACCCCAGGCUGGAGAAGCCUGUGCUGCUCUCUGAAUUUUCUACCAAGAUCUCUCGGGGUGAACUGGACGGGCCAAUUGAGAAUGGCCUCCGGGCUCCAGUCAGCGCCUACCAGUAUGCGCUGUCCAAUGGGGAUGUCUGGAAGGUGCACGAGGUGCCCGACUACAGCCUGGCCUACAGCAGCCCUGGCGUGGCCGACGCCACCCCACCCUGGGGCGGCUACAAGGAGCAGAGCCCCCAGACGCUUCUGGAGCUGAAGCGGCAGCGGGCCGCAGCCAAGCUACUCAGCCACCCCUUCUUGAGCACCCACCUGGGCAGCAGCAUGGCCAGGACCGGGGAGAGCAGCAGCGAAGGCAAGGCCCCCUUGAUCGGAGGCAGAACUUCACCGUACAGCAGCAACGGGACCUCGGUGUAUUACACGGUCACCAGCGGAGAUCCUCCCCUCCUGAAGUUCAAGGCCCCCAUGGAGGAGAUGGAGGAGAAGGUCCACGGCUGCUGCCGCAUCUCCUAGUCUCCGGGCGGCAGAGGAGAGCAGUGCCUCGGGGAGGGAGGGAUCCACGCCAGCCCAGCCGCCCUGGCAGGGGAGGCAUCCGAAGGUGGCCGGGGAGGCGCGGGCUCUGCUUUCCAGGGCAAUGCUGACCCCAGCCCUCACCCAGCUGCCCCUAGCAGCCCCAUUCCUCAUGGUUGUGCUUCUUGCUGCGUCGCCUGCCCUCUGAAACACAGUGGCCUCCUGACUCACCCUGCUGGCCCGUUUUGGGAGGGUGGACUGGGGAUCUCAGUUCUGGUCUUGGUAAAGGCUUCUCGGGACCAGUGCUGUCUCUUUUUCUCUCUCUGUCUCACACACACACUCAACCCCACACAUGGAGGAUGACACUGGGACUCAUGGGAGGCAGGUGGAGCUGAGCAUCUGUGCGCUGUUCCCAAAUGGAUUGUGGGGAAGAUUUAGUGUCUUGUGACCACAGCCCGAGUGGCGUGAGCAGGGCAGGGGGCCUGCGGAGCUGAGUCCCAGAGUACAGCUGAGUCAUGCCAGGGCCUGGCAGGGGGAGGACGUCUCUGUGUGUUCAGAGGGAGCCAGGAAUCCUCGUGGGUUAGGUGAGAUGGGCACGGGCCUGCUCCACACAGCUGCCCUCCCGCCUGUGCCAGAGCCGAGAGCCGUGUGACCACCCAGGGGUUGUUCCACUCCUGGAACAAACCAAAUCAUGUUUGCCCUUGGAUGGAGGUAUUCAGGCAAAGUCAGUGUUUUCGACUGCAUUUGGCAAAAACAACUUGUUUAGAUGUUGAACUCCAGGGCAACUGGAUGGGACUCCUCUCGUGAUGGUGUCACGGUCAAGUUUGCCUGGCUGGUGUUGGAAACAGAAGCCGAGGGAGGAGCUUCCCCUGGAAGGCCUUUCCCAGAGAGCAGUGGGAGUUCAUCUCUGAAAACACGCUCGGCCCAUCUUUGUGACUCUUCGGACUGUUUCAGUGUGGCCCAUGUCAGCCAGCCGUCCUCACACUGCACCACCACCCAGCAAUCUGGGGCCACCUGCGCCUCCACCCCUCCCACCUGACACAACAGCCACGCGCACGUAGUGAAUGUUUUAGGAUCCCAGCCUGGCUUUGCCUUUUCUGGAAUAUUCAGUGAGAUUAGUUUACCAUCCGGCUCUUGUGAGUUCCCACCCAGCCCAAGGGCUCCCAGCCUGCUCCUGCCAGCUACAAACCCAUGGCCAGCGUCCUAUGCCACCUUCAGGAGCGCGGUGGCUGGGCUGGCACCUCACCCAGCCCCACAUUUCCUAGCCCCCAUCUGCCUGCUGCUGGUGGGGGGGGGGUCAGACGCUGAGGGACAGGCUGCCCUCCCCGCCACUGCAUUCUCUCACGAGCCCCUUCGAAACUGUUGCUCAUGACUUGGGCGCUGUCCACAGGCCCAGCCAAAACCUUGCGGUGGAACUAACAAGCUGCAGGUUUGUUCCCUGCUCUGUGCGCCUUCUAUGUGUCCUAAAACUACCUCCUUAAUGCUCUGAAGCGGCCCCCUAGGUCCAAAUUCUAAUUUGGGGAACUGGUCUGGGACCCCUGGAACCCACUCCCCUCAGCCUAUGAGAAAUUCUCCCUGGGCCAGGGGGCUGGGGCUGGACUAGCACCCCUUGUGCCACAACCUAGUAAUGGGGUCUGCUGCCCGUCGGUCUCAGUCCCCUACUGUGGCCUCCAUGGCCCCUGGAGUCAGAGAGGGAGCUAGACCUGCAGGCACCGGGCUGAUGCCUUACCAGGAGCUGGCACCUGGGCCACAGGGCAGAGGGCUGGUGGGAGUGACUGCUGCUGGAUGCAGGCAGGGCUGGAGGGGGUGGCCCAGGAGACAAGGCAGGUGUGCGUGAGGCCUCCCAGGUCCUGGGGUCUGGGGCAGGCUCCCCAUCAUCAGGCUGGAGCAGGGCAGGAUGAUCCAAAGCAUGUCGUUGGCUUUAACAGGGCUCAGUUCAGACCAACACCAAAGUCCCUCUCAAGUAGCUAACUUGAGCUACAAGGCGAGGCAGAUCUCUCAUCUUUCUGGUAGGGUGUGUGUAGGGAGGGUGGAGACUGGAGGCACCUGUUGCCUCCUUGAGCUCCCCAAGCAUUCUCUCCAUUUCCUUCCCUCUACUUUCUCCCUCUGGGGCCAGUUCCUCUCCACCUGCAAGACUGGGAUCCCAGUCGAUUUCCCAACCGCAGCCCACUUCAGGCAGAGGCAACUCUUGGGCAUCAACUCGAGUUUUCCAUCAAGGUCAAACCAUGCCUUGUGGGGGCCUCACAUCCCUGGGAAGCUGUCCCUGUGGGUGUCCUGAAUGUUGAGGGACAAGUUGGGGAGAGAUCUCCAAGAAGGAGCCAAGGCCAUCGAUGGAUCCCUUAAUAUAACUGAUUACCCUCAGCGUGCCAGGCACUGUGUCGGCUUCUGCAGAGAGAGAAGGGAAACCGCUCUUUGCAGUUUCUGUCCCCUAAGGACCACGGGUCAGCAGAGUGACUGCAUCUCUGCCCAGCGUCCUUCCUUGUGCUUCUCAAUUCCUGGAAUCCUUAGAGUGUGAAUUCCUUUAGCUGGCAAACAGCUGCCUUGGUGCAGAUGCUGGGGUCUGGGUUCUAGGUGGGCACCACCCCAGAUCUUUGUGGAAUUUUCAGGGGUAGCUGCCUUCCCGGCAGCAUCUCGGGGUGACUGCAUGAAGCAGUCUGCCUUUUUCUAGAAGAACAAGGAGUCUGCAGUUUGCUGCCAAAUGCAUCUCAGGUUCUUGAAGUCACUGUCUUGCCCUUGUUUGCUCGUAUGUUACCCGGUCCCCUGACCCCACCAGGGGAUAUUGGGAGGAAAGGCAGCUUCCCCUUUGAACAUGGGGCCUCUGUUGUGAAUCUGCCUCUGCUGGCAGGUGAGGAUUAUGGAUUGAGGAGAAGCCUGCAAGAGACCCAGGUCUGGUGAUUGUCCCCGGCAGGUUAAA